AUGGAACUACCUUAUGUUGAGCGAAUAUUACGCAUUAAGACCAGACAAUGGAUCUUGAACCAACAAAGCACAUCAGCUGAACUACCAACAAGAGUAUGGGAAGUUAACCUAUGGAUCUUGGGACCCCAUGGCCAAGAACUACCUGCUAAUAUCUUUGAAAAGUGUACAUACCGACUGCAUCCUACAUUUCCACAACCAAUAUUGACCAUGACAGAACCACCGUUCACUUUGAAGCAGCAUGGAUGGGGUGAGUUUUCAUACCCUAUUCAGUGUACCUUUCUGCACGGAUGCGGAAAAGUCGAAGUUUUGCACGAUCUUUCAUUCGAGGAAAGCAGCUAUCACAGUGACAUCCGGAUCAAAGUGCCCAUUCACGUACCUGGUCUUCGUGAAGUUUUGAAGACAAGUGGAAUCGUACCAUCUGUCCCAGGAACUAAUGGGUUAGCGGUGACUUUAACGGCCGAUUUGGACAAUUGCAUAAAAAAGCUGGUUGCAGGCGACGAAGAACUAGUUACGGAUGUGGUGAAUCUGAUAUUGCAUCAUCCUGGAGUCAUCAGACAGAUAGAAAAACUAGACCUUGCAGAUCAGUUCGUUUUCAAUCUGCAUCAGCUUCCGGAGAAUUUGUUGAAAGAAGUAAUACAUUUCAUCGAUGAAUAUCAAUAG